AUGGGUGACAUCAACAAAGUCAUAAAGGAUAUCAAAAUUAAAACUGGAGUUGUCAAGAGGUUGUACAAAGAAAAAUUGUCUUAUCAAUGUGAAACCUCAAAGCUCCAAGAGAAGUUAGAUGAAAUGAGGUCAAAAAGUCCAGAGGAUUACUCAUUGAAGAAGCAGGCAAGUUGGUUUUCACAAUUUGAAGAACUUUUGAACGAGUCUAAACAAAUGAUAAGUGAUUGUGAUAAAAGGUUUGUUGCUGCCUGGGAUGAGCUAUCAAGAAUCAUGGAUAUAGAGAAACAUUUGAAUGAAACAGAAGAGUACAAAGCUGCCCAAGUGGCUCUUGAUGAAACAAGGUCAUGUGCAAGCAAAGGCUGA